UGACACCUAGCGUUCAUUCUACAUACGCAGCUAAACUAGAAUAUGUAAAUGGUGAUUUAGACACUCCAGCUGCCACAUUAAAAAGACCACGCCCUAUUUCUCCAGCAGAAAUAACUGAGGACACCUACAGGGAAAUGUUGGUCAAACACAGGAGAAGACAACUCUAUGAUGAUUAUGAUGAAGAGGAGCAUCCUGAAUACAACACACAGAAUAUAAGCUUACAGGAUGUGAUGGCCAGAUGUCAGGCGAGUAGAAAAGGUGGCAUAGAACCAGAUGAUGAUGAGUUAGAGUUUCCAUCAAUGUCACCAACAAAAGGGAAAAUAAAAAAGGAAAAGCCAGAAAAACGUGUACGUAAGAAAACAGCAAAGAAAAUACGUGACAUGGAUUUCUCUGCUGCGUCAUCGGCCGGGGGCAUGGGAGAUGAUGAUGACGAUGAAAGUAGAACGAAUGCCAGUAUUGAUAUAACGGAAGAUGAUACCAGCACUGUAGACCAGUUUCCUAUACAGUCCAGUAAAACAAAAGAUGAGUUGAGUCAAUGUGCAUGUUUCUUCAGCUUAUUGAAAAGUAUCAUAGUAAACUCACCAGAUAAUAGAAUCUCAGCUGUAAAGUUGGAAGAGAGAGUUCGAGACUGGCAGGAGUCACCGUUCAGUGAUGAGUGUACCUGGGUGUCGGCACAGGAUGACUGGGUAGACCUUGUUUCUUCAGCACUCAAAUUUCUAGCUGGAGAAACUAUAGGUAUGAAUGUAGAUCAGUUUAUACCAUAUCUGGACUAUAAGGAGCGUGCACAACAGUGGCACUGGAUCGGUGCUGGUAGAGAUUCAGAUGAGAACCUGCUGAAAUGGUGCAAUCACUGGCUCAAACACAAAGGGGAGGUGUCUGAGCUUAUCAUUGACUCUAGCCAGGGCUCGCCACCACCGGCUAGAAUAAGAACUGGAUAUGUGGUCAAGGCAACAUCUGAGGAGGAAAAGGCAGAUUUUCAGAGACAGGAGAAAUUGAGGUUCGCAGAGCCGCAUAAAGCAUAUACAUACGAGAUGCAUGGUUACCAGUCAGUCGUAGGACCAGUGAAGGGUGUUUUCAGCAAGAAAAACGACACAAAUAGAGCGAGGGAACACGCGUUACUUAUCUCCAGCAGGCCUGCAUUUAUAACUAUAUUAACCUUAGUGAGGGAUUCUGUUGCUAGGUUACCAAAUGGAGAAGGAAAUAGGGCUGAGAUUUGUGAACUUCUUAAAGAUUCACAGUUUCUUGCACCAGGAAUUACUGAUGCACAGAUCAACGUUGUUGUAAGUGGAGCUCUUGAUAGGCUUCAUUCAGAGAAGGACCCUUGUGUAAAGUAUGAUGUCAACAGUAAAGUAUGGAUCUAUCUGCAUAGAAAUAGAACUGAGGAAGAAUUUGAAAAAAUCCACCAAGCACAAGCUGCUGCACAAAAGGCUAAGAAAUCUCUUGCUAAGCAAAAAACAUCAAAGGCAACGGCACCAAAGUUACGAGACAUGGCAGCAGUGCCUGCAAGUGGGCCAACUUCUUUGGGGUUAACUCCAUCUUUAGGUUCCAGUUCAGAGAGUAUCAAUGUAGAAGACUUGAGCCCAGGUCAGUUGGGCUCCCAAGCUCAACUCUUGGCAGGGACAGCUGCCCCAAAUGUCAAAGUUCCAGCCAGACAGGUAAGGGCUGUUGAAUUGAAUUUAAACUGCAAAGCUUGUAUUCAUGUACUGUAACAUCAUUAUUAUUCAUGUGGUAC